UUCAAAUCUCCGUGAAAAGCCGUGUUCGUAUUCGUGUAAACAUAUUUGAUUGCAUUUCGUGAAAACUGAUCCAUUUCGCGACCCGGAUGUGGUUGUUACUUGUCUGCGGUCAGCGUGGAACAAGUCUGUUGUGACAGCGCAAGUCUGUGCGACACUGGCGACAGUGGGGAAUACAUCUGGAGUCGUACUGGAAGAUACAAGAAAUAACAAAGGGCUUCUAAGAGUGGAUCGGAUAUCAUCGAGUAACACAGCCUGCCAAUGUCCCUGAUCAUCCUGUGGCUGACCAUCUGCUACUGCGUCGUCCUCAUCACCUGCGAAGAGACGGACUGUGGGUACCCGAUUGGUGAACCCGAAUCCCACCCACACCUCCUCGGUGGCCACCACCAACCACGGAGGAUCGAUCACCUUCCCCACUCGUCAGUUAAUUCCCUGCCGCUCUUCAACACCACUACUUUCACAACCACCGAUGCAACGCCGCCACCUAGCAGUACGACAACCGUUUCCACGAGACGUCCCCGCGCCUAUUCCUCUACCACAGACGAACCGAUUGCGACCACUACCACCGAGAUCCCACUCGAAGAGGCUGAGGAAAAGAAUAAAGACUUUCUUGUCAGGCAAAGGGAAAAGCGACAGGAUGAAGAGGAGGAAGAAGAAGCUGAAAUGUUCAUCGAAAAACCGGACCCGUGCGACUUUGGCCAGGGAGAUGAGUUGACCAUGUGUGACUGGUUCAACUAUUUCAACGCCACCAUGAAGAUCAUCUGGAAGCCCGGAAAAGGGGACACUGCUCUCUGGCUAGGAGGGCCCCGUACGGAUCAUACGCUCAACACGGGAGACGGAGGGUACAUAUUCUUCGAAACCUCUUUCCACGUUCCGCCGGGUCCCAGCAUCUUGCCCAACGCGACAACGAUGACACCGGGAACAGUGGUAGAAGAAUCUACAGCGGCUGGAGCCACAACUUCUGCAGCGCCCGUUGUUCUCAAAGUGCCCAAAGUAGACUACGAGUCAGUUAUUCUGGGUACUCGAAACAUCACACCCACCGGUCCCAUGGGGUUCUGCAUCAGUUUCUUCUACGCUAUGGAAGGCCUGAGUGUGGACCGUCUCAAGGUGGUCAUCAUGGACGCCGCAACGCAGGAAAACAUAACCCUUUGGGAAAGUCAAGAUGCGUACGAUGGCCGGUGGACGAAAGGAGAGAUUGCUUACACCUAUGGAGAAGUACAUCAGAUCUGGUUCGAAGCUGUACCGAAACGCCGUAGCGACCCUGCCCGUAGGUUUCGAGGGUUUAUCGCUUUAGAUGACGUCAUGUUCGACCGCAUGGAAGAAGCUGGAGAUAACUGUCUGGGACAUUGCACGUUCGAAGGCGGAUUCUGCGGCUGGACCAACGCCGACACAGGCGACGACUUCAACUGGGAACAAGGCCGUGGAAGCAUGAGUUUCUUAACGGGACCUUCGAGGGAUUAUUCGAGCUUCGGCAAGGACGAGAUGUCAGGUGGCUACAUUUUCAUUGACUCGUCGUAUCCGAGACGUCCGAUGGACCGUGCCCGGCUCAUCAGUCCUACCCUGAAAGCUACUGGAGCCAACCUUCCCGUUUGCAUGAAGUUCGCGACGCACAUGUUCGGUAACGGUAUCGGAACACUGCGAGUUCAGCAACAGAUCGAAGGCUCGGAAAUUCCUCCCAGGACGAUCUGGGAGAUCUCGGGGGAAGCAGGAAAUAGCUGGUACACGGCCCAAGUACAGGUUGCUACUACGGAACCAUUUUCGCUAAUUAUCGAAGCUACAGUGGGUGCCAAUUCUCUGGGCAACAUCGGCAUCGACAACAUCGCCUUCAGGGCCGGAACUUGUCCGAUAUCGCCACAAACUGCAGCGAGGAACUCAGGGGACUGUAACUUCGAAGAAGAUACCUGCGGUUGGACCAAUCCUCAUCCGGCAGACAUGUUAGAUGACUUCGAUUGGGCUCGUCAGUACAGCUACGGCGUGAACGGACCUCCGUACGACCACACCAAGAGGAAGCCAGACGGUUACUACAUGAACCUUGUAAGCAGUAGCCACCUGCCUCAGCGAGGUGGAUCAAAGGCUUGGCUCCUGAGCCCAAAGUUCAACGCGGAUGCAAUGCCUCGUUGCAUCUCCCUCGCGUACUACAUGUACGAAAGGACGAUUGACCCGUCGGGACCCAGUCUCGGUUCCUUGCGGAUACACGUCUUGCGUGAAGCCCAGCCAGGUUCCAACGCCUUCACGCUGCUUACAGUCUGGCGGUUAAACAACCAUCAGGGUCACCGGUGGCUGGUGGCAAGAUCGCCAAUUAAGCUGCCGGAUGGGAUGCCCGUCAAUGAGCCCUACCAGCUCGUGAUCGAAGGCAUAUGGGGUCACGGCCGGGUGGGCUACGUGGCCAUCGAUGACAUCAGCUUCUUCGACGGGGACUGCAACACCUUCCCGGACAAAGCCAAAGCUAUUCCAGGUGAAUGCUCCUUCGAGCGUGACAUGUGCGGUUGGACAAAUGCAACAGGGAUCGAAACGCACAAGACAGGCAGCACGUCGGUGAUCGGUCGCGUAGGUUCUCGGGACUCCCUCGCCUGGAGAUUAGCGUCGGUGAUCAGUCGGCCUGCCAAUUUGCAAGACCACACUUACAGGGCUCCCACGGGCUACAUUUUCUUCGACAUCUUCAACCAGAACUCGGUUCAGAAUCCGAUCCUCCGAUCUGUCGUCAUCGGACCCGACGACGGAGAAGCUGAACGAUGUCUGAGCUUCUGGUUCGCGCCUUUUGGUCGUGGCGAGUCUUCAACUUUGAGCGUCUUCCGUGUGGCUGAGGUUCCCCCGGGGACUGAGGCGGACCCUAACACGCCAGCCAUGAGGUCCCUUCUGUGGCGCCUCUCCACCAGGAGAAUGGACACCAGCCGCCCCGACUGGAGGUACGCCCAGGUCAAGGUACCCGUCGAUAGCGCCUUCAGGAUCCAGUUUGAAGGUGAGGCUACGGACGGUGGCUUCGCGCUUGAUGACAUCACAAUCUACAAUGGAGACUGUGAGACUCGACCGCCAUCAGCUGUCAUCGCCACUACGGACGUCUAGAAUGGACGCCAUCAUGCCUGGCGCUUUUUUUUUAUAACAUUGACGUCAUUUCAUAUUGCGCUGGGAAUGCCACAGUCAGCGGUCUUUCUACACCUCUGUGCUUUUCUUCCUGUACGUGCACUGAGUGUAUGGAUAAGCGAUACUUAUCAUUAUCUGUCGCGUGUGUCACGCGUAGCCUGUCUCUCACAUCGCCGGUUUUAUGCGACUUCUCUAAGGCGAGCUUGCAGCACUGCCUUGCAUCAAUAUUCGCGUAAAAGCCGCAUGUAAAAAUGCUCUCAUUUGUUCAGAUAAAUACUGAUUUUUCGAUGUACAUAACGAGAGGGAAGAUGUACCGUGAUUGCUUAUCGUGACUAUGAACACUUUUGUAGCAGUGGUAGGUUCAUUUAUGUUGCCUUAA